AUGGAGCACACAUUUGUAUCUUCAACAGGGAGCAUUGACCCUGUGGUUUCUCUGAAAAAUGGCCGAAUCCGAGGAGAGUAUGUUACGGUGAAAGGCACAGAGAGGAGGAUGAAGCAAUUCCUGGGAAUCCCCUUUGCCCGGCCCCCAGUGGGGCCCCUCCGCUUGGCUGCUCCCCAGGAUACAGAGCCCUGGGAUGGGGAGAGAGACGGAACACAGCAGCCGAAGAUGUGUAUCCAGGAUCCAGAAUUAGUAGUGCAUGUUUCCAGGAUCAUGUCACUACAAUACACACCAACAGAGAUUUCAGAGGACUGUCAGUAUCUGGACGUGUACACUCCAGCUGAGGCAACAAAAUCUGACAAACUGCCGGUGAUGGUGUGGAUCCAUGGAGAAGGUGCUCCAUUAGCUGCUUAUGAAAACAUAGUGAUGGUUGUUAUUCAGUAUCGCCUUGGCAUUCUGGGAUUCUUCAGCACUGGAGACCACCAUGCUCAGGGCAAUUGGGGUUUCUUGGACCAGCUAGCGGCCCUAAGAUGGGUGCAAGAAAAUAUCGAGGUCUUUGGUUGCGAUCCAAAAACUGUCACAGUCACUGGAGAAUCUGCAGGAGGCGUCAGUGCAGCUAUACUGACUCUGUCUCCACAAGCAAAAGGACUGUUAUAUCUCUCACAGGAGGAGUCGGAGGAUCUGGAGCUCGACGUCGUGGACGUGGGCGAUUCGGGGAGCGAGGAGACGUCGUUCCGGUUCUCCCUUCCAUGGGACCAGGCGGGUUCGGUUCCGAUGGAGGACGAGGAGGACGCCUCGCUGACCGGAGGUCCAACUCUCAGGUCUGCGCGGAUGGAUUUCCCGGCGGUGAGGACUCUGGCGGCGGAGCGUAUUGUUGCCAACCUAACUGGAUGUUACCGCAGCAGCACAGAGGAAAUGGUCCAAUGUACGAGGGAGAAAAGUAGAGAUGAACUAGUCGAAGCAACUAAAAAGAUGAAGGUGUACCUGGGAGCGGCGGUGGAUGGCGUGUUUCUGACAGACACAGCAGAAGAGCUCCUCAAGAGGAAAGAGGUGUUGUAGGUUCCAGUGAUGAUGGGAAUAACAAACCAUGAGUUUGGAUGGAUCCUGCCUCAGAGCUUCGCACCCCCAGGCUGGGAGAGCGGCAUGAACAGAGAGUCAGUCCUGUCAGUGGCCAACAUCUUCAACCCUGCAGGGGCCUCUGCUGCCAACAGCCUCAUCGCUGACCAAUACCUGAAGGAUGCUGGAACACCAGAGGAGAUAAGAGACGCCUUCACUGAGAUGAUUGGCGACAUGCUGAUGGCGCUGCCCGUCGUCACGGUGGCAGGAUACUGUACCUCUCAGUUAGAUGCGGGUGUUCCAGUUUACAUGUAUGAGUUUGCAUACCGUGCUGAGAUACACAAAAACAACCGUCCUUCCUUUGUGAAGGCAGAUCAUGCAGAUGAUGUCGGCUUUGUGUUUGGUGGAUGUUUCUGGAAUGGACAUUUAAAAAUCAUAGGAAACAUUACCAAGGAGGAUGAGACACUUUGUAGAACCAUGAUGGCACGUUGGUGCAAGUUUGCUCGCACUGGCUCUCCAAACGGCCCCGGCCUCGUCUCCUGGCCUCAGUAUGACCGGCAGCUGCAGCAGUACAUGGAGCUGGGGCUGAUGCAGACACUCAAACAGAACCUGAAGAAGGAAAGAGUCCACUUCGCCUCUGUGGUCCUGACACAGCAGCUGGAGCAGUCCGCUGGGGACUGA